AUGCUAUCAAGCCCCGUAACAUCAACGCCCUUCUCAGUCAGAGACAUCCUGCGUCCGGAACAGGAGCAGCGCUGCCCGCAGUCCAACUGUGCAGUAUUCUUCGGCCUCAAUGCACGCAGGGCGCAGGAAUCCCAGCUGUCUCCUGGGACACAGGACCCACACCAAAGUCCCCGGGCCGCAGCCUCCAGUCACGAUCCUCCAGGUGCUGGUAGCUGCUGGCCCCGGAGCACGACCAAAGAAGAGUUCGAGGCCCUGGGGAGCUGCUGUGAUACCAUCCUCGAGGUGACCACGGAGCCGGCGGGGAUGACAAGACAAGGCCCGGGCGCGGACAGUAUCAGCAGCUCGGGCUGCCCCAGAGGCUCCAAGGCUCGUCCUCGACGGAAGCCCCGCGUCCUCUUCUCUCAGGCUCAGGUGUUCGAAUUGGAGCGCCGCUUCCGGCAGCAGAGGUACCUGUCGGCGCCCGAGCGCGAACACCUGGCCCGCGCGCUGCGGCUCACCUCCACGCAGGUGAAAAUCUGGUUUCAAAACCGCCGCUACAAGUGCAAGCGACAACGGCAGGACGCGUCCCUGGAGCUGGCCGGCCAGCCGCUCCCGCCCCCGCCACUGCCGGCGCGCAGGGUGGCAGUGCCGGUGCUGGUCCGCGACGGCAGACCCUGCGUCCGAGCAGGCGGCCAGCCCUAUGGCGCUCCGCCUUACGCCCCCUACCCUUGCUACGGCGCCCCUUAUAGCGCUGUUCCUGCCGCGGGCUACCAGGCGGUAGGCUCCCGCGCGAACCUGAGCUUCACCGUGCCGGAUCAGUCGGCCCAGAGCUCCCAGGGGCAUCUUCAAGCCACGCUGCAGGGCGUCAGGACCUGGUGA